UUCUUCGCGCGCGGGAGCGGGAAAGAGAAAGAGUGUGUGCAUGCGCGUGCGAUCUCAACAUCUAGGAUUAGGGUUUCUCCGAUUCGACUAUAAACAAGGAAGAAUCAUCAACGAAUCGCCCCCUCAAUCCGUUAUUGGAUCAGUUAUCCAUCUCUAUUUGCGUCGAUUCCCCUGUAGGGGGAGCUUGUUAUCUGGAUUCAUCAUCAAGAAGGGUUUUUGUGAUGUAUUUGAUGGUGAUUGGGUUUUCGAUGAUUCAUACCCGCUGUAUAAUAGCUCAAAAUGCCCUUUUGCGGAGCGUGGUUUCAAUUGCUUGGCAAAUGGGAGAAAGGAUAGUGGGUAUCUUAAAUUGAGGUGGAAGCCUCGGCAUUGCGAUUUGCCCAAGUUUAGUCCUCAUAAUGUGCUCGAAUCGGUUAGGGGGAAACGUGUUGUUUUCGUGGGCGACUCGAUGAGCCGGACGCAGUGGGAGUCUUUGAUUUGUAUGCUUAUGAGUGGGGUGGGAGAUCCAGGGAACGUUUAUGAGGUGAACGGGAGUGAGAUCACAAAGACGGUUCGCUUCUUGGGUGUUAGGUUUGAGAGAUAUAAUCUUAGUGUGGAGUUCUUCCGCUCUGUGUUCUUGGUGCGGCAGGGUUCGCCGCCGAAGCACGGGCCUAGAAGGGUCCGGGCGAUACUCGAGCUGGACAAGGUGGAUGAGAUAAGUAGUAAGUGGGUUGAUUCGGAUAUUCUUGUAUUCAAUUCUGGCCAUUGGUGGACUCGAAGUAAACUGUUUCAUGUGGGUCGCCAUUUCCAGGCCGGAGGACGACUCAAGCUUGGGAUGCCCAUCAAUGCUGCCUUUAGAAUGGCUUUGCACACUUGGGCGUCGUGGGUAGAAAAGAUCGUAGACACAAAUAGAACUCAAGUCUUUUUCAGGACUUAUGAGCCUUCUCAUUGGAGUGGCUCAAACGGAAAGGGGUGCAAUGUAUCGAAACAGCCAUCUUUUGAGGACAAGAGUGAAUUUGGUAAAAUUCUCAAUGAUGUGGUUACCAAUAUGAGAGUUCCCGUGACUUUGCUGAACGUUACUUCGAUGGGUUUGUUCCGAAGUGAUGCUCAUAUUGGCACUUGGAAUUACCCUUCUCCCGAUCUGGAUUGCAGCCACUGGUGUCUCCCUGGAGUUCCAGAUGCUUGGAAUGAACUUCUUUUCUCUUACUUGUUCACAAAUGGUUGGAGGCAGUUGGGAAGAUAACAACCUCAUUUUUUGUAUACCUUUAUAAAAUAUUUCUAUAUACAAGGAGCAAAAAUAUUGGAUUCAUCUGGCAGUAACUGAGAGAAGUGGAUCCAUCUGUCACUUGAAGUAGUUCACUCUUAUCCCUCUUUUCUUUCUUUCAUACAUUUACUUCAUAUUGUAAAGGCUUAUAGGUCUCUUUUCCUGAAAGAAAGGGAAGGCAUUGUCAUCAAUUUACACAUGCAAAUGAUCAUCCAUUUAUUAAGGCCAACUUAGUCCUGCUUUAUUUCUAUAUGUGAAUCUCCGAAAGCUUUUGGAGGUAUCUAAUGCACACUUCAGUUUCUUCUGCUUUGCUUUCUACUACUUGUGAAAAUUAAUCCUUUGUAUAUUUUGUUAUGUUAUUUUUUAUACCAACAAAGAGUCGAGGGAUCAAAUUGAUAUCUCCAUUAUAGUUUUUUUUUUUCUUUUUCUUUUUCUCUUAAUUUUUUCGUUUUGAAAAUGGCAACAGGUUAGCUUAACCUAUUGAUGAGGUCAAUUUACUACUGUAAAAAAUUAUUUACAGCUCCAAGAUUUACAUGAAUACACUUGUGAACCGAAAAUUAACUACCAAGGCUUCAAAUGCUUGCGACAGUCCAGGCAAUCCAAAAUUGGCGUCCUUCUAAACUAUCUCUCUGCUUAAUUUUGUUUGUGUUUGAAUUUUUCAUAUCUCCAUUAGUGUUCGUGAGGCCUAAAUUAUAAUUUACCUCCAACAUGUGGUAUGCCAGUGAAACCUCUGUUUUUAUCAGCCUGAGCCGAUGGUUGAAGGAAUUAGUUGCGAUCCAGUAUCUUGUUCAUUAUGUUCAUAGCCAUCAAUAUAUUGUAGCAAAGUGAUUCUGCACAACUUAAGAUUCUCCAAUCUAAAGCUGCUGAGUCCAGUAAGUACCUGAAAACUUAGGCCUGAUGUGCAGUAGUUUCUAAGCAGAGAAUUCGGUCAUGAAUAAUCAUCGCAAUAUUACAUCAAAUAUCACAUACUUACACAUAGUUGAACAUCAUUUGAAAACUGAAUUGUUGCAUCUUCUUUCAUGGUACCAGAACUCUGGAAGUGCUGGUGUUUCGGUCGAUGCAAGGUACUCUACGCCAAUUGGAGCUCGAGAUGUUCAGGAUCUGCAAGGUGUGACUUCUUCUCUCUCUCUAAUCAUUAGGUACUCAUGUUUCUUUGGUAGUUUAAGAAAAUGUGAUGCCAUCUUGUGUAGUAGAUCAAGUUAAAUUUUCACGCAGUUUGACGGUUACUUUCUUAGCGGAAUUGUGCUGUGCUCAAAACAUGUUUUUUGUUUUUUGGCCUCUGUAUAAUCAAAUAGAAGUUGUACUUGUAGAGAAACUUUGUCAGAUUGAAUGCUUACUGUAUACGGUUCAUAUAAAGAAACCUUAGAAGUUGAGCAAGUAU